GUAUAAUUGUGUUGUGUUGGCUGUGCUGUGCUUGGUGCUGUGUGUCAUGUGUAGCCUGAAAUCUGUGAAGUGUUAGUUAGCUGAUAAAUAUUGCUACGCAGAAUGCCAAGAGUUAAGCCAAAACAUGGAAAGCGAUUAUAUGGAAAUAUGCCAUAUUCUCUUGAUUCAACCCUUAUACAGAGAGUCCGGCAGUACCUCCACGAGCUGGGCGACGCCAAGUACGUGGAGCUGGACGAGCUCACCGAUUACCUGCAAGUCACCCACCGCGAGUACAAGCACAAGAAGAAGCUGCCAUUCCGCAUACUCGUGCAGAGAGCGUACGAGUAUGUUGCCACGGAAAUGAAAGACCAGUUCGCCACAAGUAGUUCCGAAGAGGAAUCUUUGGAUGAAGAAGUAAAAGAACAGCUGGAGGAGAACUCCAUCAACAACUCGUUGACGGAGCUGUACGGCCGCCUGCCGACGGUGACCCGCUGCGGCGACCCGGUCAGCGGCGGCGCCGCACUGACCGGGUCAGCGCCCUCAGUGAACGGCGCCAGCACGCCGGCCGUCACCGUGGUCAUCGACAGGACUGGAGACGGAGGCGGGUCCGAGCCGCCCGCCGCCGCCGCCGCCGCACCGGCGGCGGCGGACGGCGGAGACACCAGCCCACCGGCGGACGGCGGAAAACAGACCAAGACGCCGCGGCUGGGCAAAAGGAAAAAGGCCAUGGAGGAGGAGAAGGACUUCUUCAAGAAGAAGAAGUCCUUCCAGCUGGACAAAUCCACGACCACGUUUGACGACAUCGGCGGCAACGACAGGGCGCUCACAUCUCUGUGUGACCUGCUGGAGGACUUUCUGGACCCGACGCUCUGCAGCGACGCGACGGCGGCCUACUCCCGAGGGGUGCUGCUCCACGGCCCGCCCGGCUGCGGCAAGUCACUGCUGGCCUUCUCCCUGGCCGGGGAGCUGGAGCUGCCGAUCCUGCACGUCGCCUCCACGGAGCUGGUAUCGGGCGUGUCGGGAGACUCGGAGGAGCGCAUCAGGGAGCUGUUUGUGCAGGCGCAGCGCGCCGCGCCCUGCGUCCUCUUCAUAGACGAGAUUGACGCGCUCACCUCCAAACGCCAGAACGCCCACAAAGACAUGGAGAAGCGGAUCGUCUCGCAGCUCAUCAGCUCGUUCGACGCGCUGGCCAAGUCGGGCAGCUCCGUGCUGGUGGUGGGUGCCACCAACCUGCCCGACCAGAUCGACGCAGCGCUGCGGCGCGCCGGCCGAUUCGACCAGGAGGUGGCGCUCGGCAUCCCGGACGCCGCCGGGCGGCUGGGCAUUCUGCAGGUGCUGUGCCGGCACGCCCGGCUAGCCGAGGACGUGGAUCUGCGACAGAUCAGCCGACAGACGCCCGGCUGCGUGGGCGCCGACCUCCGCUCACUCGUCUCGGAGGUCACGCGCAUCGCCAAGAAACGGAUCCGCGGCCAGGCCGGCGCCGGCGCGGCGCUCUCCGCGCCCUCGGAGCCCGGCCAGAGCGUGACCAUGGAGUCGGCGCCGUCCACGCCGGUGGCGGCUGUCGCCAUGGACUCUGCGCCGCCGACGCCCUCGGCGCCCGUCACCAUGGACACAGAGGAGGCGGCGGCGGCGGCGGCGGGAGCGGGCGGCGGCGGCCGCAGCGCGCGCCUGCAGCACCUGCGCGCGCAGCUCCGCACCCACCUGGAGACGUUCCACGAGAAGAUCCGCCACCGGCGCACCGAGCUGGUCGAGCUCACCGGCCAGGACUUCGCCGCCGGCCUCAAAAAGCUGCAGCCCUCCUCGCUGCGCGAGGGCUUCAUCACUGUGCCGAACGUCACCUGGGCCGACGUCGGAGCGCUCAGCGACGUCCGCGAGGAGCUCAACGCCGAGAUCCUGGACCCGGUGCGGGACCCAGACUACUACGAACAGCUGGGACUCACCUCGCCGUCCGGUAUCCUGCUCUGCGGACCGCCCGGCUGCGGCAAAACGCUGCUCGCCAAGGCCGUGGCCAACGAGGCCGGCAUCAACUUCAUCAGCGUCAAGGGCCCCGAGCUCUUCAACAUGUACGUGGGCGAGAGUGAGCGGGCCGUGCGGACCGUGUUCGCGCGCGCCAAAAACUCCGCUCCUUGCGUCAUCUUUUUCGACGAGAUCGACUCCAUCUGCCAGAAGCGGUCGGCCACGGGGGACUCGGGCUCCGGCGGCCGGGUGGUGAACCAGCUGCUGACGGAGAUGGACGGCAUGGAGGCCCGCCAGGGCGUCUACCUGAUGGCCGCCUCCAACCGGCCCGAGAUCGUCGACCCGGCCAUCCUGCGUCCCGGCAGGAUCGACAAGCUGCUCUAUGUGGGCCUGCCCGCGGCCGCCGACCGCGCCGACAUACUGCGCGCCGUCACCAAGUGCGGCACUCGUCCGCGGCUCGCCCCGGAUGCCGACCUGCCCUCACUGGCGGCCGACCCGCGCUGUGAGGGCAUGACGGGCGCCGACCUGAGCAGCCUGGUGCGCCAGGCGGCCAAGGAGACGGCCCGCGAGCGGCUGCUCCAGGUGCACCGGCGACACUUCGAGGCCGCCUUCCAGCGCGUGCGGCCCUCCGUCCGACCCAAGGAGCGGCUCCAGUACGAGGAAACGCGCCGAUUCUGCUCCAACUGGUCGAGCCGAGAGGCGAGCUGAGGGACGCCUCUGCACUCUGCAGCCCCCCGCCCGCCGCCUGCCCCCGCCUUCUGCAUGUCCAUUCUGUGUACGAGAGCUGGUACCGAAUCGUAAUACAUUGGACCCAUCCUGCGACA